CUACACUGGUGACAACAAUCUGAAAGUAUUUGUUCAUCAUUCUUUUUAUGAAUCAUUUUGUACUAUAGCUUGAUAAACAGAAAUCCUAUGAUAAGAAUCAGUGCUGUUUAUCGUCACUGAACUUCUCAAACUGUUUGGAAUUACUUCUUUUUCUGUAAGUGUUUAAAAUGGGAAGACAGUAAUUCAGCGCUUGUUUCAGUCUAAGACCUUGAUCAACUGGGAUUUUCGUACGAUAGUUUGUAGUCGGAGAUUUUGCGAUGGAGCAAACCUGUUAUUAUAAAAUUCUAGGUAUCAAGAAAACUGCUUCGAGUGAUGAGAUAAAGAAGGCGUAUCGCCGUCUGGCACUCAAAUGGCAUCCAGACAAGAACCCAGACAAGAAGGAAGAAGCAGAAAAAUGCUUCAAACUCAUAAGUGAGGCAUAUGAAGUUCUGUCAGAUCCUAAAAAGCGUGACAUGUAUGACAGACGCGGUAGAGGUCCUCACAUUGGUGAGGCAUUUGUAUUUGAGGGUGCUGACCCUUUCUCAAUGUUUACGCGAUUCCACUUCCGAGACCCCAUGGAUAUAUUCAGAGAAGUUUUUGCUGGCUCUGGACUCGAUUCUCUCUUUGGUUCUAGUAUUCAUGACUUCCAGAACGAUACUCAGCUGAAUAGAACGCUCAGGUUUAACUCUCAUCGCAACGCUGAGCGACAAUCUGGAUCUCCUUAUCAUCAUGCUGGACUUUCUAGUCAAGUGCAGAGUUAUGAUCCUAUAAUUUCAGACCCUUUAACGGGUGGACUUUUUGAUUCUCCGUUCGGUGGAUCACUGUUUAAUCCUCUGAUGGCUUUCAGUAAUUCUGGGUUCGCAAAUCCCCAGGGUUCCUCAUCAACCUCCGUCUUCAGUAGCUUCGGUGGAUCUUCGUGUGCAGGUGGUUUCAGGUCAGUUUCAACAUCCUCCAAAUACGUAAAUGGAAAAAUGGUUCGUGUAACAAAAGUGGUAGAGAAUGGUACUGAGACCAUUACGGAAGAAGUAGAUGGUCAUGUAACUAACCAAACUGUCCGACAAUGUGGAAAUGGAGCCCUACAAGCAAUGUGAUUUAUCUUCACCCGAUAACAUACUUUGUUCGCAUAGUAAAACUAUAUUAAUUUUGUGUUAUCAGUUCCACAGUUAUUUGUCGAGGUUGAUAAAGUAAUAUUUAUGUCUAAAUGAAUGUCUUAAUGCGUCCAAUUUCUUGUUACGUCUAUUGGACGUACCACUGUUGAAUCCUUACAUAGAAUAGAUCUUCUCCGCUGAUUUUGUUAAUGUACAUUCUCACUUUUCGUAUGAUAUUCGUGUGGAGUCCCUUAGUUAUGUCAUCAUGUCUUGGUGGCUAAAAUCAUGUAAGUUCAUAGAUUAACUUAUCCGCAGUUCAAUCUAUUAAUAUCUGACUGCAGCCCAUGUUUCAUCUCAUGGUUGUCCAUUGGCCAUUAGGGCAUUAAAAGGAAUAUACUGAUUCACAGCUGCCAGACUUCUCGAUAUUUGCGAAUAUCCAGUUUUCCAAUAUAAAGUUUCCGUCAGUAUCAUGAGGGUGCGAACUACGUUCUUAACCAAGGCACUUCUGCCAUCAUCCGUCAGUCUUUCGGAAAACUCAGUUCUUUGUGUCCAAGAUGUAAUUUAUUAGUCCGCAAAACAAGCUCAUGACCGUACUGACAGUAAAAUGUGUGACUUAUCUGCUGGUCCUGUGGAUGACACGACGAUGUCAC